UGCGCCAUCCGCCCAGCGUCAACCCAUGGCGCGGUUCCUGAGACUCUGCACUUGGCUGCUGGCGCUUGGCGCCGGGAUUCUGGCGACCGUGCGGGCACAAUGCAGCCAGGACUGCGCGACGUGCAGCUACCGCCUGGCGCGCCCCACCGAUAUCAACCCCCUGGCUUGCACACUGGAAUGUGAAGGGAAACUGCCUUCUCUCAAAACCUGGGAGACCUGCAAGGAGCUCCUGCAGCUGUCCAAACUGGAGCUUCCUCAAGAUGGCACCAACGCCCUCAGAGAAAGCAGCAAACAGGAGGAGAGCCAUCUGCUAGCCAAAAAGUACGGAGGCUUCAUGAAAAGGUAUGGAGGCUUCAUGAAGAAAAUGGAUGAGCUUUAUCCUGUGGAGCCGGAAGAAGAGGCAAAUGGAGGUGAAAUCUUUGCCAAAAGAUACGGGGGCUUCAUGAAGAAGGAUGCAGAGGAGGAUGACACCCUGGGCAAUUCCUCAGACCUGCUGAGAGAGCUGCUGGGAACAGGAGACAACCGAGAGAGUAGCCACCACCAGGAGGGCAGUGAUGAUGAAGAAGUGAGCAAGAGAUACGGGGGCUUCAUGAGAGGCUUAAAGAGAAGCCCCCAGCUGGAAGACGAAGCCAAGGAGCUGCAGAAGCGAUAUGGGGGCUUCAUGAGAAGAGUGGGUCGCCCGGAGUGGUGGAUGGACUACCAGAAAAGGUAUGGGGGCUUCCUGAAGCGCUUCGCUGAUUCUCUGCCCUCCGACGAAGAAGGUGAAAGUUACUCAAAAGAAGUUCCCGAAAUGGAGAAAAGAUAUGGAGGAUUUAUGAGGUUUUAGUACCGUUUCCCAUCAGUGACCCCAGGCCCCCACAAGCCUUCCUCCAUCCCCCAGUGAGAGACUGCCUCGUGGAUCAUGUUUUAUUGUCAUGUGUUGCUUGCAUUGUAUUGGUGACUUUAUUGUCUGGAUAACUAACUAUACAACCUGAAAGCUGUCAUUUCAGGUUCCGUGUUCUUCUGAGAGUCUUGAAGCUCAGUAUUGGUCUAUUACAGCUAUCUUGUUUUCAUGCUAAAAUAGUUUUUGUUACUUUGUCCUUUAUUUUUGACAAAACACCAGUAAAGGCUUACUUGUAUAUAGAUAUAAUAAACCCAUUACCCCAACUGCA